AGCAUUAGCUCAGGUAAUGCUUUAAAACUACAAUACCCAUGAGGCACCUGGAAUCACAACAAACGUGGUAAUGCCAAACAUACCACUCGAAGAAACCGGCAUUUUAAUUCUUGCUGCGACAUGAGCUGAGAGGACUGAUGAUGAGGGGGCGAUACACUGAGUCUAUUCAGUGUUGGAGACUUAGCUUAAAAGAGAGACAGUGCAUCAUCUGUAAGGUGUGGGUGGAGCUUUGCCCCUUGGCUGUUUGCUCCUCAGUUUCUCUGGACCCAUCAACUGAGUGGAUUUUUCAGCAGAUUCAGCACUAGGUGUUGUUUCCAGUAGCCAGCUAUGGCACCAGGGGAUGUGGUGCCAGACCAUGCCAAGCCUCUGAAGUCCAAGGAGAAGCGACCUGCAAACAGGGCCUCGAAAGCAGACUGUGAGCCUGAUGGGUCCUUUGUCUUUGAGGCUCACGAGGCUUGGAAGGACUUCCAUAACUCCCUCAGACAUUUCUACGAAGUGGGAGAGCUGUGUGACGUCACUCUGAAGGUUGGCAGUAGGUUGAUACCAUGUCACAAGCUAGUGCUGGCUUGUGUGAUCCCUUACUUCAGGGCCAUGUUCCUUUCAGAGAUGUCUGAGGCUAAGCAGGAACUGAUCGAGAUCAAGGACUUUGACGGUGAUGCCAUCCAGGACCUGGUGCAGUUUGCCUACUCCUCCAAGCUCACAUUAACUGUGGACAAUGUCCAGCCAUUGCUUUAUGCUGCCUGCAUCCUUCAGGUGGAGUUGGUGGCAAGAGCCUGCUGUGAGUACAUGAAGGCCCACUUUCACCCCACCAACUGCCUGGCAGUUCGCACCUUUGCUGAGAGCCACAAUCGCGUGGAUCUGAUGGACAUGGCCGACCGUUACGCCUGCGAGCACUUCACUGAGGUAGUGGAGUGUGAGGACUUUACAUGCGUGUCUCCCCAGCACUUGCGCACUUUGUUGUCCUCCAGCGAGCUCAACAUCCACUCAGAGACACAGGUGUACAAUGCAGCAGUGAAGUGGCUUAAAGCAAACCCACAGCACCACGAGGCCUGGCUGGACCAGAUUAUGUCUCAGGUGCGCCUCCCUCUGCUCCCUGUGGAGUUCCUGACUGGAACAGUGGCUAAGGAAGAGAUGAUCAAAGGUAACCUGAGUUGUCGUGACCUGAUGGAUGAAGCCAGGAAUUACCACCUGCACCUAAGCAACAAGGUGGUGCUGGACUUUGAGUAUUCAGUCCGUACAAUACCCCGGAAACACACUGCAGGGGUUUUGUUCUGUGUGGGUGGCCGGGGAGGUUCUGGUGAUCCAUUUCGCAGCAUCGAGUGCUACUCCAUCACUAAAAACAGUUGGUUCUUUGGACCUGAAAUGAACAGCAGGCGGCGUCACGUGGGUGUAAUAUCUGUAGGAGGUAAGGUUUAUGCCGUUGGGGGCCAUGAUGGUAAUGAGCAUUUAGGCAACAUGGAAAUGUUUGACCCUCUCACCAACAAGUGGAUGAUGAAAGCCUCCAUGAACACCAAAAGGAGGGGUAUAGCCCUGGCAGCUCUUGGCGGUCCUAUCUAUGCUAUCGGAGGUCUGGAUGACAACUCCUGCUUCAACGACGUGGAGCGCUACGACAUUGAAAGUGACUGCUGGAGCGCGGUGGCUCCAAUGAACACACCCAGAGGAGGAGUGGGAUCUGUGGCACUCGGGAGUUUUGUGUAUGCAGUGGGAGGCAACGAUGGCGUGGCGUCUCUGUCCAGUGUGGAGCGGUUUAACCCACAUCUUAACAAGUGGACGGAGGUCUGUGAGAUGGGCCAGCGACGGGCAGGAAAUGGAGUCAGCAAACUCAAUGGCUGCCUCUAUGUAGUGGGUGGUUUUGAUGACAAUUCACCCCUGAGCUCCGUAGAGCGCUUUGAUCCGCGAAUGCACCGCUGGGAGUACGUGUCUGAGCUGACCACCCCUCGUGGGGGUGUCGGGGUCGCCACUGUUAUGGGAAGAGUGUUCGCGGUCGGGGGUCACAAUGGGAACAUCUACCUGAACACAGUGGAGGCUUUUGAGCCUCGAAUGAACAGAUGGGAGCUGGUGGGUUCAGUGUCUCACUGCCGUGCCGGAGCCGGAGUUGCUGUCUGUUCGUCUCACGUCAGCCAGAUCAGGGAUGUCGGCCAGGGCUCCAGCAACGUGGCCAACUGCAUGUGACCACCAGCCCACGUAUUACCAGGUGACUGACUGCCAGUUCACCAUCACAUCUGAUCCAUGCACAAGCACACAACACAAAGCACACGGACAGCGACAGAUGACCGCUGUCUGAACAUGAGCCAGAAGCAGACGAAGGCUGACGCUCAGUUUGCACGCGGUCAUUGAGGAAUAUUAGGGAGGUUUUUACUGACUUGAAGUGCACAUGUGACAUAUCUGAAGUCUUCUCUGACAAAACGACACGUUUAAGACAUGUUUCUUGACUCCUGCUGGUGUUAUUUGCAAUCAGUGAUGUAGUAUUUUGUACUGUAUUUUCUUCUGUUUGACUGCCUUGACACAGUUUUUUUUUUUUAAAGGGAAAAUGGUAGCUGAGCUUUUUAUUUAAUGCUAGCGUCUUGAGACUGAGAGGUGAGUUUGGGGUCAGUUAACUGUGCAUAUUAUGAACAGGGACUUUACGAGUAAGACAGUAUGAAAACAUUUCAAAGGUCUCAUCUUUAAGGCUGUCGCUGGUAUACACUUGAGCUCUGCGAUUGUUAUCCCGAGAGAUGUGGUCACUGAGCUCAGCACCUUGUUUACAGUGCAGCAUGUGCGGUUGAAACAUUUUCAUCAGUCAGUCUGAAAUAGGAUGUCAACACGUCAUGAUACAUUUCCAAGAUUCCUGUGAUGCCAGGUUAAGUGAAGGUGUCUGUUGGAGCCGUUAAACCUUUUACAGGUGCUUUUCAGAGUUCUUCUUUCUGCAGUUUCAACUGCAGCAAGCCGAAUCGUUUCCCAGCAGUUCUGACCUUUAGGGGUUUUGCUGCAAACGUGUAUGAACAAUCAUUUCAAGGCUGAUGGGGACAAAUCAGUCACUGUUCAGGAGGUGACAGGUGCGAGGAAUUUAACUGCUGCCAAACAAAAAAAAUAAAUGAAGUGCAUCAUCCAUUCAAGGAAGCCGUAGAUACAAAUCUGGGUCAUCCUCCUGCUGAACCCUUUACCUCAACCUCGUAAUCGAGAAAGAUGUGAUGACUGUACACUUGACCAGGACUGAUGUGAGCAAUACGACGCACCUGUCCAGUUCUAUUUCAGUUUUACUUUAUUGUAUAGAGAGACAGGGACGGAUUUACAAAUUCAAGAUUUGUGUUUGACGAUAGCUGGACUGUCAAAAUCCUAAUCAGAAUGCUUUCAGACGUGUAUGAGUUUUGUCUCUGCGGAUGCUUACAUUAUAUUUUAAUAUAUGGACAUUUUGUAUUAUAAGAUAGGUGUAUCUUUGUUAUUAUUCUUUAUUACGCUAUCUAACCCAUUGCUGUGCACUAUUUUCUUAGAAUAGACGUGAAGUCUGAGUAUAUUUUUGUCCUAAAUGGAGAAUUUCUUGUUAUUCAUUUUUGAAGAUGUUUAUUUAACACUCAUGCCUGUUUCUGCCCUAAGAAAAAUGUAAUAACAGUUUUGUUUUUCAGAAUAGGCUGAGUUUAAAAUGGAAAUACUAUAUACAGUUUAUGCUAGAAAUACACAUAUUAUUACAGUUCGUGUCCUGCCGAUAUUCAUUCUAGUGCAUAUUAUCAGCAAUAUAUUAUCAAUAUUGUUGCCAACUUUGUUAGCAAACGAGUCUUUUGUAAACUUUACUGUACUUUGUGUUCUUCCUCCUCUUGACUGCUUCCAUCUUUUGCUUUUUAUUGACAUGACGUUGGUAUAACUUGGUACAAUAAAGUUAUAUAUGUAAAGUUCA